CACAAGAGACAAACGAGUGACAAACAAUGCCUGGGCCUGCCUCUGUUCUGCCUCCGGGACCCCUCUGUGCAGCAGCCAGUCAACAGGGCAAGGAAGCGGGAUAUGGGGCCCAGGGUGUUGCAGCUCCUUCUCAUCCUCCAUGUCUUGGCCCUCCCGGUCCAGCUCUGUGCAAUCCCCAGGGGAAAUUCUGCUCUGAUCAAACACCUGAACAUGGAGCUCUUGAGACUCAGCCAGGAUCUAUCAGAGGAGGUGAACCCCAGUGUGUAUGUGGCCCUUCGUCUUUCUGCUGACCACAGCCUGAAGAAAGAAGCCCAGUACCUCAAGAGGCUGAAGAAUGUCUUCCAGCCCAGCACCAGCAGCUCUGUAGCAGGUGGUCAGCAGAAGCAGCCCAACAUGGGCCGCCUGGCUCUGUACCUCCUAGCACUGCGGGCUGCCUGCCAGAACAUCGACACGCACCAGGGGAGGCAGCUGGUGACCCAGCUGAAGUACCAUCUGCACAAGGAGAAGGAGCAGAUAGCUUUCAAAGGGAAUGGCCGCCCCAUCACCAGUUAUUACCAGUACAGCCUGGGGGUCUUGGCCCUGUGUGUCCAUGGCAAGAAGAUUGACCCCCAUGUGAUCCAGAAGCUCCUCGAUGCUGAGAAUUUCAUGCAUGGCGUCAAGCUCUCCAUGGACACGAAGGCCAUGGCAGGCUUGGCCUUCGCCUGCCUGAAGCAGGCCAAGCUCAACGAGCUCACGCUAGUGGCAGCAAUCAGCCUGGCUAUCCAGAGAGUGACGGGCAGUAUUCUCCAGGCUCAGACCACCAAGGGCACCUUUGGCAACAUCUUCAGUAGCCCACUGGCCAUGCAGCUCUUGAUUGCCACCGGGAUGAGCAAGAAGCCAGAGUUUCCCAAAGGCAUGGAUGCCCUGCUGGGGAGCCUGGAACAGGGUCACUUCCAGAACCCCAUGAUCAUGUCCCAGCUGCUGCCCGUGCUGAAUGGCAAGAGCUACCUGGACAUCGCCACCAUGGAGUGCCGGGCAGAGCAAGACACUUUGGAGCUAGACACCACGUGCCCGGGAUCCAGGACAGUAAUUCUGGGGACCAAGAUGAUCACCGUUCAGCUGGCUGUGGAGAACCCUCCGAGCCCUGAGACACUGUACAACCACUCCAUCCAGAUGCCCUCUGGGUCCUCCCUCCUGGACGUGCUGAGAACUGCUGCAGAGCAGGGCCCUGGGCAGUUCACGUUUGAAACCCAGAACACCCUGCAUGGGCCAUUGUUAACUGCAGUGAUGGGGGUGAAAGCCAGCAAGGGAGAGCGGAGAUACUGGCAGCUCCUCCAGGCCCCAGACACCAGUCUUCAGAAAGGUAUCUCUGAUUACCAGCCUCAGGAUGGAGAGUCCAUCAUCCUGAAGUUUAGCCCGUGGUAGAUCGCCUGCUGUCUGCUUCCAGCUCCCUGCCCCACCUCGAUCCACGGUGAACUCUCUGUGUGCAUCUCUCUCUGCCCCAGAAGCAGGAUGUCUCAGUUGGCAAGGACAGCAUGCAUCUGUCAACCUGUGAGCCCUGUGCCCACAGAGCGGUAUCUUCCCCCCCACAGACUGAAGUCCAUAAUGCAAGUCCCUGGCCCUUCUGGCAGGAUGUGUGUGUGUGUGCGCGUGUCUGUCUGUCAAAAGGGGCAAAUUCCCACCUGCCCCGGUAACUUGUUCUGCUGUGGAUCACCCACAACCAUCCACUCGAUGGAAACUGACCAUGCCAGGGGGUGGGGAGCAGCAGAUUUGGUUUGAAUGAAAAACCUCCAAUAUGACAACUCAGCGCAUCAUAAUUUUGAUUUUCUAAUGCAGCUUUAACCCUUGCUAUGCUGUGGCUGUCUAAACUGCCACCCAAUGAGUACGUGGGAGGAGGUGUCUGCAUCCUCCUGCUGGACACACUUUGCCCCCCCUACCCCCCACCCCACACACACACACACACACACACACUGUACCAGUGCCCUGGUAUGACUGGGGUCCUGGAGAUUCUCUAGACUGCAUCCCUCUGUAUAGCAGUCACUGCCCCGCUCGCAGGCCAGGGCUCCCCUCCCUGCUCCCGCCCCAAUUCCUGAAGCGACAGAACUGCUGCUAUGAGGAGAGGAUGUGGCUGAUAUCUUUGCUUUCUGGAGAGCAGUGGGUGGGAACCCAGGCCCUGUGCUAAGGGGAGAUGG